GGUUAUUUUUUUUUUCUUUGUAAAGAAAAUCAAAACAUGUCAAACAAGAAGGAAGAUCUUUUCGGUUUAAAUAACGACAGUGAAGAAGAGGACGUCUCUUUAGAUGAGGAGGAGCAAGAGGAUAGUCGAUUUUCUAAAAGUCGUCUUCAAAAGCAAUCACUCUCUGACGAUGACAGCGAGGUAGAUAGCGAUGCCGAAGAGAGCGAAGCAGAAGACACCGAUGUCGAUAUGGAAGAAAAGACUGCUGCUGACGACAAUGACGAUGAAAGUGAAGACGAUGACAAUGAAUUAGACGCUGAAGGUUACGAUGCACCCAAAGACUUGACUGCCUUUGGUGCCACCACUAAGAAAAGAGUCAGAACUGCUAAAAAAGUAAAGAGUUUGACACCUGAAGAACUCGAAAAAUUUGAAAAGGCAAGAAAGAAGACUGGUGUGUGUUAUUUGUCUCGCAUUCCUUUGUUCAUGAAGCCUAGUCGAGUCAGAUCCCUUUUAGAGAAGCAUGGUGAAAUUGGCCGUAUCUAUUUAGUACCAGAAGAUGGAAAGGUCACAGCACGUCGUAAGAAGUACACAAAGAAUAGAAGAACCAAUUUCACAGAAGGUUGGGUUGAAUUUAAAGAUAAAGCCAUUGCCAAAGCAUUAGCCGAACAUUUAAAUAUGAAGGAAAUUGGUGGCAAGCGUAAAAGUCAAUAUUACCAUGAUAUGUGGAACAUUAAAUAUUUACCCAAGUUCAAAUGGCACCAUUUGACCGAACAUAUGGCUCAUGAAAAGCAAGCGCGUCAACAACGUUUGCGUAACGAAAUUGCCCAAUCCAACCGUGAAAACAAAACUUAUAUCCAAAAUGUUGAACGUGCAAAGAUGUUACAAAAUAUGGAACAAAAGAAGCGUAAGCGUGAGGGCGAACCUACAACUCCUGUUAAACAAAAGAUCCAAAGAACUUUUGAACAAAGAGGAAACGUUAACCGUGAGGUUGAUCCCAAGAAAUCUGGCAAAAAUGCCAUGGAUAAGAUGGAUAGUAAUUUGAAGGGUGUCUUGGGAAGUAUUUUCUCCAAGAAAUAAAGAAAUAAAAUUUUGUGUGUGUAUGCUGGUAUAAAAAUCACCCGCUUUAAGAUU